AUGUUCAAGUUGAAACCAUUUUCAAAUUACAUGAAAGUUGAAGGGAACGAUAUUGUAUUGAAUAAUGAAGUAAUGCUAAACUCAAAGAGCGAGUUAAUAUAUAAUAAUGGUACAUCUAUAGAAGUCAGACCAAAUGAAAAGGUAAUAAUUUCAAGUGAUUGGGCUAAGUUUUUACGUCUUUGUAAUUCUCCAGAAGGAAUAGUCAUUGGAGUAUCAAAGCAGCAUAUAUACAUAAAGAAUUCAUAUAUUGAGAUGAUUGAAAAAAUUGAAAAUGAUCGUGAUCAACUGAACACAAAAGGGUGUGUUAUAGUUGGAACGCCUGGGAUUGGACAAUCACAUUUUGCAAUUUAUUUUGCUUUUUACAUAACCCGUCGUUAUUCAGCAGAUAUUAUUUUUGAACAAUUAGUCAAAGACACCAAUCGAAGUAAUAUUAUUUAUAUUAAACAAGAUGGGGAUAUAAUGAAAAUUUCUGAUAUAAUCCAAUGGGUUGCAAAAAAUAGCUAUUACAUUGUUGAUUCUGUAUCUCCUACUUUAGUUACAACUGAAUUUACACUUCUAGUUACAACACCAAGAAAUAGUCGAUGGCAUGAAUUUAUGAAGAGGGAAGAUAUUUUAAAAUACUAUGCACCUAUUUGGGAAGAGAAAGAAAUUUGGGAUGUUUGGAAAUGGGAUGCAAAAUACAAGAAUAAUAUAACUGAAGAUCGAAUCAAUGAGUUGAUUAAAGUUUGGGGUUGCAUACCACAACGAAUUUUCAAUGAAUAUCAUAAAGAGCCAAAGAUCCCAGAAGUGAUUGCUCAAUGUAAUGUUCAUCAUUACAUCAAUUUUGAAGGGGAGGAAUUAAAUGAACAUUAUUCUGGAAAAGCAAUACACAUUUAUCCUAAAUCGAAUUUCACAGAUAAAGAAUAUGUUCCUGCUUCAGAUUAUAUGUUUGAGGCUUUAGGUCCUGGUGCUUCAUUAUCUGGAAGAUUCUUUCAAGUAUUAGCACACAAUUUAUUGCAAAAAGGUGGAGAAUUUAAUGUGCGAAAUUUAGCCAGUAAUAUCUGUGUAGAAUUGCAACUUCCAAGAUUAAAACAAAAUUUAUUUAAAUCUAUUGAUGAAAUAACUUUAAAAGAUUAUUAUAAUAUUCCUGAACAAAAGAACUUUGAGUCGAUUGAUGCUCUUGUACCUCAUUGUAAUUAUGGAAAUAAUGAAGUCCAUUGUUUAUAUCAGAUGACAAUUGCGAAAAAACAUAAUAUCAGGGUAAAUGGUCUCCAAAAAUUGAAAAGUCUAUUGGAUAAUGGUCCACAAAUCCAUUUAUAUUUCGUUGUUCCAAAUGUAGAUGAUUUAUUUGAUAAUUAUCAAGAGCAGAAUUAUGUUACAGUAAAUGACACUAAAUACACAGGAUGGAAUAAUGAAACAGAAUGGAUCAAAAAUAAA